CCCAUAUAUGAACCCCCUUCUUUCCCAGAAAAUUCUAGAUAUCUUCCUCUCAAAUCAUGAAUCAUAACAGUUUACCCAAUAAACGCCGUAGAAGAAGGAAAGAAACCCCAACUAAUAGUAGUAAUGGCGGAGCUGAAAAUAAUGAUGAUUUUGGGUCGGAAAAUCAAGGGGCUGUGAAAACAAAGGAGUUGAAACAGAUAUUAACAUCUUUGUUGUUUCUUGAAGAACAAGAAAAGUCUGAACAAGAGGAAUUUGCAAAGGAAGAAGAAGAGAACAAACACCUAUUUGAAGCGAAUCAUAAGAAAACAACUAAGGUGAUGUGGGAUUAUUAUUCAAAUGUUCAACAGCAUCAUUCUGACUUAGAACAGUUAGAUGGUGUUCGAAAACGGAAAGGGAGAGGAAAUUCUGCUGCUGUUACUGCUACUGCUACUGCUACUGCUUCUGCUUGUGCCCUUGCUUCUGCCGCAGAGGAAGAAGUCGUUUCGAGUAAUAAAUCUAGUGAAAAAGGUGCGCCUCAUAGGCGAUUGUGGGUGAAGAAUAGAUCAAAAGCUUGGUGGGAUCUAUGUAACAGUCCUGAUUUCCCUGAAGAGGAGUUUAAGAAAGCGUUUCGAAUGGGGAAAGAUACUUUUGAAUUGAUAUGUAAUGAACUGAGUUCUGUGGUUGCGAAAGAGAAUACUAUGCUAAGAGAUGCUGUACCUGUGAAGCAGCGUGUUGCUGUUUGUAUAUGGAGAUUGGCUACUGGAGAGCCUUUGAGAUUGGUUUCGAAGAGAUUUGGAUUGGGGAUUUCGACUUGCCAUAAGCUUGUGCUAGAGGUUUGUACUGCAAUUAGGACUGUGUUGAUGCCUAAGUAUCUUCAAUGGCCUGAUGAAAAGAAAAUGAGGGAUAUAAAGGAUGAGUAUGAGGAUAUGUCAGGGAUCACUAAUGUUGUGGGAUCAAUGUAUACAACUCAUAUACCUAUAAUUGCUCCCAAAAUUAGUGUUGCAGCUUAUUUUAAUAAGAGGCAUACAGAGAGGAAUCAGAAGACAUCGUAUUCGAUUACAGUCCAAGGUGUGGUUGAUCCAAGAGGGGUGUUUACUGAUGUGUGUAUCGGUUGGCCUGGUUCGAUGCCUGAUGAUCAGGUGCUGGAGAAAUCUGCGCUUUUUCAGAGGGCGAAUACAGGGUUACUGAACAAUGUUUGGAUUGUUGGGAGUUCUGGAUACCCUUUAAUGGAUUGGAUUUUAGUGCCUUAUACACAGCAGCAGCUGACUUGGACUCAACAUGCUUUCAAUGAGAAGAUUGGUGAGGUUCAACGGGUCGCCAAGGAGGCGUUUGUGAGAUUGAAAAGGAGAUGGUCUUGUUUGCAGAAAAGAACAGAAGUGAAACUUCAAGAUUUGCCAGUGGUGCUAGGGGCGUGCUGCGUGUUGCAUAAUAUUUGCCAGAUGAGGAAUGAGGAAAUGGAUCCAGAACUCAAUUUCGAGCUCAUUGAUGAUGAAAUGGUUCCUGAGAUUCAAUUGAGAUCGACCAAUGCUAGGCUUGCAAGGGAUGCCAUUGCUCAUAAUCUUCUGCACCAUAACCAUGCUGGUACUUCUCUCCUUUAAUGAAAGGAGUUGAAACUUUUAUGUGUUGUAAUUCUUUCAAGUUAUUAUUAUAUUUUCACAUUUGUUUUUCUUAAUUAAAGUUAGUCCAAGUGGAUAGUUCUUUGUGCAAAUUGAUGAAAAUGUUGCUUUCUAGGACCAAUAGCAUACACUGAAAUUGCAAACAAACAUUGUAUUUCAUACUUGAAUUAGAGAUUGAUAGAAAAAAUUGACUUGGCAAAAACAUAAAUUUCUCUUCUUUUACUUAUUGUCAAUUACAUGUAACUCUCUUUCUUCUU